AUGGAGAAAUCUGUGAGGUCGACUUCCGAACCAACGGAUAAAGUCAUAGACUCACGAGGGAUGCCUCUGAAGCUAGAUCUUCAAAUACCACAAUCUGCUGACCUGACUCCAACACUAAGUAAUGUAGAUUCAAAUUCCUCAGAACCAAACCCACAGAAAAGCUACCAGAUCCCCAAAACUCUGAGAUUACAUUCUUGGUCAUGGCCUGAACUUCAAAAUUUCAAGGAGUUACAGACAAAACAACUUAUAGACUCGGAUAGAAUGAGCUUUGACCUUACGAAUCAUGUUGCAGAAAUGAUGGAAGUGAUUUGUGAGGCAAAUCAGCAAGGCAAAGAAUUUCUUAGAAUGACUCCAAAGCCAGAAAAUAGAGAGACUAGAUGUGUAGAGAAAUCUCCAAGGCCAUGUCCUCAAGUCUUAGGACCUGCGGUGGUGAGCUCUGAGAGGAGAUCUCAGAGGGGACAGUCUGUAGUGUUGCUGCCAAAGCCAUUCUGCCAUAUCCCAGAUUCUGCUUCAGGGAUAACACCAGGCCGCGGGUCUCCAAUUCCUGAAUCUAUAAAUGUGCCCUCUAAGUCGUGGCUGCAAAUAGAAGAAAGCUUAGCAUUGUCAACUGAGCAAACCAGUUGGGUUGAGGAAAAUGGAGACUCUUUAGAGCUCACCUUUGAGACGUGGCAGCCACGGGGGGUAGCAGCUAGGCUAACAAAAAGCCAGAAUAUGAGCAUGGAAAACACAGGCAUAAUUCCAGUAGAAUCACUGGAUCAAAUUAUAGACUUUGUAAGGAUUAGUCCAAAGCCACUAGAUCAGGUGAUAGAAUUUGCAAAGACAGAGCUACAGGCUCCUCGAUCAGUUGUUCUCCCAAAAGUGUCUGAAUCUCUGAAAGUGAUCCCCGGACCACCACUUCAAGUUAUAAAGUCCGUUACGAUACCACAAUCUACCUCUCAAGUGUCCAAGUAUGAUGAUUUGACUCUCAGAAUGCAUGAUGUGAUAAAUUCAGAAUAUGCUCCGAGCCUUUGGCUACAAAAUGUGCAAUCUAAGAAGUUAAUCACAGAGCCAACACAUCAUAUUUUAGAAACAAUAGAAUUAUCAGGCUUUCAAGUUAUAAGGACUGUAUUGAUUCCCAAACCACUGCUUCUGAUUGUAAAAUCUGAAGAACUGGCACCGGUACCGUGUCCUCAGGUUACAGAACCAAUAGGAGAUACCACAAGAUCAAGCAUUGAAGUGAAGGAGUGUUUGAAUUUACUCCCAAGACCACAUCUUCAAGACCUGGUAAAACCUUUGGAAUUAACUUUAACGGCAAAUAUUGAAGUGAAUUCUGCAGAAUUAAUCUUACAGCAAACAUCCCCGAUUGAAGAACCUACAGUGUUAACUCCCGAGCAAAGGCUUCAGGCUCAAAAAUCUUUAGGGCUCAAAACAGAAUCUCCUAAUGUAAUAAAAAUUGAAGAUUUGAAUCAAGGAUGGGUGUGUCAGAAUAGAGACUCAGAAAUGAUCACAUCAGAAGAGCUCCAAGCAGAGAAUUACUUCUCUAGGUUCGUAGACAGCCCUUCAAUCCCAUUUACUUCAAGCUCUGUCAAAACAACUGAAUUAGGGCACCUUCAGGGUUCUGGGGUGCCAGAAGUAUCAAGAACUUUGGCUAUUAAAAACCUUGAUGUUGAUCUUUUGCCACCUGCAGAGUCCCAUUCAGGCAUAGUUAUGUUACAGUCAUCAGCUCUUCCCUUGGUCCUUUGUAAUCAACCCUCUAAUGAGUCAGAGAACAACAUGGAAAAGCCAUACCCUGAGAUCUGGGAGAUGGACCUCAUAACUAAGGAAGAAGCUGAAAAGAAGCACGUGGAGGAAUUGGGGAAUUCACUCCAGAAUUAUUCUCCAUACCCACUGAGAUUAUUACCAGAGGAGCUUCAGGCAGGAUUCGGGGCUCGAAGAAGCUCUAUCCGCUCUUUCCUGGGCAGACAACAGAAUGUCUGGGAAAGCCAUGUCUGCAGGCAGCGACUGCCUAGGAAAUAUCUGUCUAAUAUGCUAAUGCUGGGGAAUGUUCUGGGAACUACUAUGGAAAGGAAGCUUUGUUCUCAACCAUUCUUAACAGAAGGGUCCACUAUGGAUAUCUGUCAGUCUAUCCAGAAUCUAUUUGGGGUUCCAGCUGAACUGAUGGAAUUUUCCCAAAGCCCGCUAGACAGGGGCCCAAGGACUAUUUCACAGACUUCAGUGGUUAAAAACUAUAUUCAGAGACAUAUUUUAUGCCACAGUCACGAGAAGAGAAUGCCCUUGAAGAUGUGGACACGUGGCUCCACCUCUUCCAUAAUACAACAGUACUCUGGCACUAGAUUGGGAAUAAAGAAGACAAACUCGAAGCUCAACGUUAUAGUCCAGGAAACCACUCAGGACGUGGCUGUCACACGGAAAGGGCCCCAGUUUCUUGCCUUAGUGAACCCAGACUCUACCCUUGGGGUCCUUUACAGUAGGGAAGAUGCUGCUUCUAGGGAGCAGAGUAAAAUCUUACAGAAUGAUUCACCAACAAGGACUGUUGAGUCUCACCACUCCCUCAAGGCAAGUUCUCUCUCCCAGGCCAAGACUGACACUUCAGAACAGCUCCAACUGCUAAAAGAUCUGCAGCUAAAAAUAGCAGCAAAACUCCUAAGGAGUCAAAUACCUCACAAUGUCCCUCCGCCUCUAGCAUCAGGUCUUGUCCUAAAAUAUCCCAUCUGCUUACAAUGUGGCCGAUGUUCAGGCUUUAAUUGCUGCCAUAAGUUCCAGUCUGCUUUGGGGCCCUAUCUUCUUAUCUACCCACAGCUCCACCUUUUAAGCACGCCUGAAGGCCAUGGUGAGAUUAGGUUGCAUCUUGGUUUUAGAUUGCGAACUGGGAAAAGACCUCCGGUCUCAAAGCACAGUGGAAGAAACCGAGCAGAUCCACGGAAGAGUGCUACAUCACCAUCACGAAGGAAAGCGAAAAUCCACACAUCAGCUUCCAAGAGUCCUACUUCUAGAAGAGAUUUCCAGUCCAGAUCUACCCAGUCUCCUGCUUCUUUACAAGCCCACAUUAGACAAAAGCAAUGGAUCAGCCAAGGUGUCGUAGGGAAGACAGAAGCCAAAGACUAUGAAUUCUGUCACGUUCACUCCGCAUCAGAGAGUGGCUUUGAAAGUAAUCAGGAUGAAAAAUGGGCUAAAUCAAGCUUCAGAAAGACCUCUGAUUUAAAAUAUUCAGCGAAGAAAAUCACUAAGGGGCCUAAAACACGAAACACAAAGCUCUACUGUAACAGCAGAAUCACAGAAGAGAGUCCUUCUGGAACACUGACAGAUCCGUCAAGAAGUAAGAGUACUACUACCAUUCAAACAAGCACCAGUUCUUCAAAGAGACAGUCAAAGAGAUCCUCCCAGCCCAAGUUCAUCCAACUGCUUUUUCAGGGCCUAAGGCAAAUAUUCCAAGCAGCACAUAGAAUUGUAACUGUUUCUGGACAGAAGCCUGAGGACCGGACAAGGCCACACAAUUUGUACUCAAGCAAAAACUUGUAUCCCAAACAAAAAGCCAAGGAUUGUUGCCUAACAGAAGACAGCAAAAGAGCCAGCCCACCAGUUGUCAAGCACGGGGCAACAGGUUUGAUCCCUAAGGAAGAGGACAAAUUUCAGGGAACAAGGGACCUUUGCAGACAAGCUCAACAGCCGAAACAAAAGAGCUCUCUCCAACCCAGACCUUUGCAAUUCCGGAAGACCAUGGUUUCUGAAAGAGAUGUCUGUAUCCAAGCUACUUCAGUCAUACAACCUUUGAGUCAUGUUCCAAAUGUGAACGGUAGAGCAAAGAAAAACCGCAGUGAUGAAAUCUCCAGUCCAGAGUCUAAGAACUGUUCUAAAGAAGAAGCCAAAUUUGAGAUCCAAGAAAGAAUUAUAUCUGACUCCCUCAUGAAGAGAACCCUGAAGAGUCACUUUAAAGAGAAUCACACACAUAAGGAGGAACAACAUGGCUCCUUCAGGGAGGAAGCCCUGCGUAAGAAGCCUUCUGAAAGGACCCAUCUCAGCGCCUCUGAGAGAACUCACCGAAGUGUCUCUGAGAGGCGAUAUUACAGUCCUUCUCAGAAAAAGCAUAGCGGUCCCUCUGACAGGAGCCAUUGCAAUUCCUCCCAGAGAAAGGGUCGUAGUUCCUCUACUCCUCCCGUUUGCUCCAAUCCUCCCCCCCGGACGGCUUCCCGAGCCCCCUGUUGCGAUGGGGGCGGGGUCUCAAUGGAAGCCGAAGCCGAGUCGUCACGUGACUCCCUCUCCGCCGCAGCCCCCUCGGAAGCGGCUAGGCGGAAGUAG